CCUGCUGGAGUGUGCACUGAAGUCAGAAGUGAUUAGACCAGGACUAUGGAAUUCAGUGUGCUGCUCCUUCUCGCUCUCGCCACAGGCUUCUUGUUAUUCUUAGUCAGCCAAAGUAAGCCAAAGACCCAUGGUCACUUCCCACCAGGACCUCGUCCCCUGCCCUUCUUGGGGAACCUCUUGCAGAUGGACAGACGGGGCCUUCUGAUCUCUUUUAUAAAGCUUCAAGAAAAAUAUGGAGAUGUGUUCACAGUACACCUGGGACCGAGGCCCGUGGUCAUAUUGUGCGGGACAGACACCAUAAGGGAAGCUCUGGUGAACCAAGCUGAGGCUUUCUCUGGCCGGGGGACAGUUGCUGUGCUUGAUCCAAUUAUUCAGGGAUAUGGUGUGAUCUUUUCCAGUGGGGAACGCUGGAAGACCCUUCGGCGAUUCUCUCUGGCCACCAUGAGAGACUUUGGGAUGGGAAAGCGGAGUGUGGAGGAGCGGAUAAAGGAAGAGGCCCAAUGUUUGGUGGAGGAACUGAAGAAAUACAAGGGAGCCCCUCUGAACCCCACCUUCUACUUCCAGUGCAUCGUAGCAAAUAUCAUCUGCUCCAUUGUCUUUGGAGAGCGCUUUGACUACAAAGACCACCAAUUCCUGCAUCUGCUGAAUCUGAUCUACCAGACAUUUUGGCUCAUGAACUCAUUGUCCAGCCAGGUGUUUGAGCUCUUCUCUGCCAUCCUGAAGUACUUUCCUGGUGCCCACAGACAAAUCUCCAAAAACCUACAGGAAAUCCUUGACUACAUUGGCCAUAGUGUGGAGAAGCACAGGGCCACCUUGGACCCCAGUGCUCCACGAGACUUCAUUGAUACCUACCUCCUGCGCAUGGAGAAGGAGAAGUCCAACCACCAUACAGAGUUCCAUCACCAGAACCUCGUGAUCUCUGUGCUCUCUCUCUUCUUUGCUGGCACCGAGACCACCAGCACCACGCUCCGUUACAGCUUCCUGAUCAUGCUCAAGUACCCCCAUGUCGCAGAGAAAGUCCAAAAGGAGAUUGAUCAGGUGAUCGGCUCACACCGGCCACCGACUCUUGAUGAUCGAACCAAAAUGCCAUACACUGAUGCAGUCAUCCACGAGAUUCAGAGAUUUACAGAUCUCGCCCCGAUUGGUCUACCACACAGAGUCACCAAAGACACACUGUUCCGAGGAUACCUGAUCCCCAAGAACACUGAGGUGUACCCCAUCCUGAGUUCAGCUCUCCACGACCCACGGUACUUUGAACAACCAAACAGCUUCAAUCCUGAGCACUUCCUGGAUGCCAAUGGGGCACUGAAGACAAAUGAAGCUUUCAUGCCCUUCUCCACAGGAAAGCGCAUUUGUCUUGGAGAAGGCAUUGCCCGCAAUGAAUUGUUCCUUUUUUUCACCACCAUCCUCCAGAACUUCUCUUUGGCCAGCCCUGUAGCUCCUGAGAACAUUGACCUCAUUCCCAAUAAGGGUGGUGCAACCAAAACACCCCCACUGUACCAGAUUCACUUCCUGUCCCGCUGAAUGGGCCAAGAGAGGAGAGUCAGUGGACUUCAGGUCCUCAUGUGUCCCCAUUUCCGUCCCCUGUGAAUGGAAUGGGAAAACCCAGUGAAGCGCCUUUCUUGAUGUCUGGACAGAGAGACUUCUGGAGGCCAUGGCUUGUUCUGAGUCACCUCUCUCAUGCUUGUUAACAGUCAUAGCCCCUACUUGCCGGAGCAAUGUAGACUCCAUGAUCAGUGCUAGCGGACUAGAGAUGCUCUCUCUUGAGUUGGCUCCAUCAUACUCCCACGUGUUGUGUUGGAGGGUCAUGUUUGAGAAUCCCCUUUAUAGAUGAGUAACAGGCCACAUGAUGACAUUACACUGCUAGUGAGGGGGGGGGAACAAGAUCACACUUUGAGUCUAGAAAUCACCUCCCCUCCCCUUCCCUACUUAUGCUUAAAUUGAGAUGAAAUUCAUAUAAUGAAGCUGACAACAUUUUUUAGUUACAUAUUCUGAGACAGAGUCUCAUGUAGCUCAGACCAACCUCAAAAUCCUAUAUACAUCCAAAAAUGUCUUGAAUUCUGGAUCUGUUUUCCACUACUGGCAUCAUAGGCACAUGGACCUAUACCCAGAUUUUAAGCUGACUAUAUCUUAAUGUUUAGAUUAUAAUGUCUUUUAAUUUAUUCAGAAUGCUGUAUGAUUUCACUACCUAGUUCCAGGUAUUUUGUCACAUUUAACCAACACCACCCCAAGCCCUGACCUAUUAAAAGAUCAGUCCCUCAUCCCUCUCUCCAUAACCUCCCCCACAUCUACCACCUACCCUGCCACACACAGUCUGACUUCUGUGUCAAUGGACUGACCUGACUCCAUGUGUCUUGUAGAAAAAGCAACAAUGUGAUCUUUUAUGUCAGCUGUCCCUGCUUCUCAGGUCCCUGUACUGUGGGGGCCACAGUCACACACCUUCACAGACUUUUCCCAUUCUCUUUCUUAGACAAGGAUCUCCUCAGCCCUCAGGCCCUGAACUGAAUGACUCUGCUUAGAUUCUCCCACAUUCCCCUGUAAGUCCUCCACGG